UAUAUACUAAAAUCAAACAUAAACUCAGAGAAGAAGAAAAUCAAGAAGAAGAAGAAGUGAAGUUGUUAUAUAACAACUCUAUUAUUUGUUUUUGUUUUAAAAAAAAUUGUACAUAUAUACUACGUGUAUUUCUUGGGAUUUAGUUGUUUUCAGUAAGUCUUUUGGUUUCUCCCGAAAUCGAAUCGAGCUAAGCUGAACUGAACUCUUUUAAUUGUGUGUGUUCAUUUUACUCCAAAUUUUGAACUUCAAGCAAAAAAAAAAAUGAUGUCUGAUGAUGGACUUUCUUGUACCAUGAGAGGUGGUUUCACUUUCAUUCAAGAUCCAAAAAACCCUAGUACAAAUAUUAAUCAUCCAAAUCCAAACCCUAAUUCAUCAAAUCCAGUUGCUUCUUCUGCUAAUAAGAGGAAGAGAAAUCUCCCUGGAAAUCCAGAUCCAGAUGCAGAAGUUAUAGCUCUCUCACCGAAAUCUCUAAUGGCGACGAAUCGAUUCAUCUGUGAAAUAUGCAACAAGGGUUUCCAAAGAGAUCAAAAUUUACAACUCCAUAGAAGGGGUCACAAUUUACCAUGGAAAUUGAAACAAAGAAACAACAAAGAAGUUAUAAAGAAAAAAGUUUAUAUUUGUCCAGAAAAAUCAUGUGUCCAUCAUGAUCCAUCAAGAGCACUAGGGGAUUUAACUGGGGUUAAAAAACAUUAUUCAAGAAAACAUGGUGAAAAGAAAUGGAAAUGUGAAAAAUGUUCAAAAAAAUAUGCAGUUCAAUCUGAUUGGAAAGCUCAUAGUAAGAUUUGUGGUACUAGAGAGUACAAAUGUGACUGUGGCACACUUUUUUCAAGAAAGGACAGCUUUAUAACACACAGAGCAUUUUGUGAUGCAUUAGCUGAAGAAAGCGCAAGAUUUACUUCAGUCCCAACAACAGCAAACCUUAAUAAUUUGAGAAAUCAAUUGCUUAAUGGUGGGAUUAGUACUAAUCUCCAACAGAAGCAGCAAAUGAGUGGAAAUAUUUCUCAAUUAAUGGGAUUGGGAUCAUUAGACCCUUCAAAUCAACUUAAUCUUGAUCAUGGACAAAAACAAAGGCUACCACUUUGGCUUCAUCAUGACAAUGCAAAUUUAGGUAACCCCAAUGACUGUUUGUUAACACCAACUAGCACAACAAGCACCUUGGCUCAUGAGUUAGUACAAAUGGCACCAUAUACAAACAUGUUGGGCUUGUCUUCGUCACAGAACAGUAACAACAACAAUAAUAAUCAGUGGUUCGUCAAUGACAAUGGUGGUGGCGCCACCUCCUCCCCAUCUUCGUUUCCAUGUGUACUAAAGAAGGAAGAAGGGAUCAAAAGUAUUAACCCAAUGUAUUACAAUAAUAGCCAUAUGUCAGCAACAGCACUUUUACAAAAAGCAGCCCAAAUUGGAUCAACAAGGAGCAACAACAAUCCACCACUCUUUAGCAAUCAAUUUGGGCUAAUGACCUCAUCUAGCCUUAAUAACUUAAUGAUGAAUAAUUCUUCAUCAUCCAGUGCUUCAAAUGUGGCUAUUCAUGAAAAUAUUCAAGGAAACAAUGGAUUGCUAAUAGGGGCCACAAAUUCAACUUCUUUAGUGUCCAACAAUGCAAAUACUUUGAUGAUGAUGCAAGAUAAAGGGAAGCAAGGUAACUUAACAAGGGAUUUUCUUGGUGUUGGAAGGAAUGAAAAGAGGCCUUUUUUGCAACAAAGUCAUGAGCUGGCCAAGUUUGGUAAUAAUUCUAGGAUUUUUUAAUAGGUUGUUAGGUUCUUUUUUUCCUUAAUUGGAAUCGUACCAUGUUGAGGACAACAAAAGUGAGUAGUUGGGAACGUCCCCUCUAGAAAAAGAUCAGCAAAUAAUUAAAGACGAUCAAAAUUUCUUUUUUUUUUGGUUUUUUAGGGUUGAGGGCAGAGAAAACUGCACCGCUGGCAGAGCCAUAAUUUCAAUUUUAUGGAUUCUAAAUUUUUUAAAAUGACUUUUUCAAGUGUUACUUAAUGAGUUCUAAAUUUAGCAUUUCUAAAUAUUUAAGAAAUUUCUUAACACAAAUAUACUAUUUGAGCAAAAAUUAAUGAAUUCAAUUGAAUCCACUUUCGAAUUUCUAGCUCCGUUUAUAUUUGCAAUGCGCAAAUUUAAAUUAAUUAGAUCUGGAAAUCAAAAAUAAGGAAAAGAACAGAUUUUUCUUUAGGGAUCUUGUGAAUUGUGGGGGGCCACUAGAAAAGACUUGACAAAAGUGAAAUGGCUUUUUACUCACUGUGUGUUAUUUUUUGCUGCAUGUAAAAAGUUCUUUACCUUUUUUUUUAGAUUACUUUAUAGUGUUAUUUUAUGCACUUGUUUUUAUUAUAUAGUAUAUGGACAUUGCAGUACUGUGAACCUUGUGACUAUCUCGCAUAAAACUUUAGAA